GACUGAAAUCUGUGCAUUCAGUGGGUUUAAAAUAUACCCUGGCCAUGGAAAAAGGGUCGUCAAAACCGAUGGCAGGUCCUUUGUAUUUAUUAACUCAAAAUGUGAAAAAUCACAUGCAAUGAAGCGUAAUCCACGUAAAAUCUCCUGGACAGUGAUGUACAGACGUAAGAACAAGAAGGGUCAGCAAGAGGAGUUGUCCAAGAAGAGGACACGUCGUACAACCAAGUUCCAACGUGCCGUUGCUGGCGCCACUCUCACAGACAUCAUGGCCAAGAGGAAUCAGAAGCCAGAAGUCAGGAAGGCACAGAGAGAACAGGCCAUCAGAGCUGCCAAAGAAAAGCAGAGGGCCAAGGAUGCUAACAAGAAGAGCUCCAAGCCCGCUGCUAAGGCUGCCUCCAAACAGAAGGCUCCCCGUGCUGCACCCGCAAUGAAGUCACGUGUAGGAGGAAAACGAUAA